AUUAUUGAUGACCUUUAUUUUCAGGUGAUAUUUUGUAGCGAGGAGUGUCAGAAACAGGGAUUAUCAAGCAUCCAUUGGCAAGAAUGCCCUAUUGUAUCAACCCUGCGUCUACUGGACAUACAAAGUUAUCUUGCAUUAGCAUACAGAUUAAUGAUGAAGACCUCUCAUGCCAAGCUCAAGGAGUUGAUACUUCUACUGCAAUGUGAGGCCAAAAAUCAGCUUCCUAAGAAUCUUGGAUUCAAUAAAAAUGGUGUCUAUGAUUCAUCAGAUUAUAGAGCAGUGUAUCACCUGACAACCAACAAAGAAAAGAUAUCUGGACACAAACUAUUUGCCAGGUGCAUGGAGGCUUUUAUUGUAACCAAACUUCUGUUGCUGAGUGGUCGCUACUUCAUCAGUUGUGAUGGUGAGCCCUUCACUCCAAGUCACGAAGAUAUCGUCCUGACUGGCAGCACACUCAUCCAUCAUAUGAUGGGUCUCCAUUGCAAUAGUUAUGGCACUACAUUUCCCAUCUUUAACGUGAAUGACCAUAAGGAAUAUCAGAUGGAAUUAUGUGGCAGGGCAGUUCAAACUGCAUCAAGUCUUCUGAAUCACUCCUGCAAUCCAAAUUGUACUGAUUUUUGGUAUGGCACAACUGUUAUAGUAAGAGCAAUACAAUUCAUCCCCGCUGGCAAGUCAUUAACCAUCUCAUAUGGAUUAGAUAUUGCUGUAGACACAAGAGAGUUCAGGAGGUUUAUACUGAUGACUAAUUUUUAUUUCAAUUGUACCUGUGAAGCUUGUGAAAAUAACUGGCCAACUAUUAAGGAAUGGCCACCAUUUGAAACUUUAAAAUGCACCAGAUGUAAUGAAGGAGAAGGUAUCAGCCCAUGCACAAAAGUUUGUCCUAAUUGCAAUCUGAACUAUGAUGAAGGAGGCACACAGGGACGAGCACCUUAUAAUUACAGGCUCAUCUUGAGGAAAAUACAUAAGGUUGUAGAAGAUUUUUUUGUCGCCAAUAAAAACAUCUUGCAAGAAGGCAGUAACUCUGAAAAGGACAUUAAGGCAGUGCGUGCUUUAAUUAAACUUUUCUGCAAGUAUGUGAUGCAGCCAUGUCUUGGUCUCCGUCUUGCUCAAGAUGCACUGCGCUUUGUCUGUUUACGUCGUGGUUCUUGUGUCUAUGUUAAACAUGAUAUUGAAAAUACCCUGAUCAAUCUUCUGAGUGCUGAGAUGAAUCGAGCCUUACAACUGUAGCCAGUUUUACAAAAUGAGUCUAAAACGUGGACUACGGUAAAUCCUAUGUGUUUCAAGUGAAUAUUUUAAAUAACUUUAACUAAAAACAUAUCAAAAUAGGACAUAUCAAAAUAAUAGUUCCAACACUGGCACCUGAUCAAUGUAAGUUAAGUCUCCAAAAUAAAUGAAUUUAGAUGACUAUAAAAUGUUUAUAUGGGAAUUUACUGCAGGUGUCAAGCUACAAUUUGAAGAAUUAAAAGCUUCAGCUUGCAUGAUUGCAAUUUGCCAGAAAUUUUGUAUAGAAAGAUUUGCCAGAAAUAAACCCCUUUGCAUCGGGUGGUGUAAAAGUUGUCCGAGGCCAAGUUAUGUGAACUAUGUUUAUGGCACAGAAAAAUCUUUCCACAGGAUGAAAUGUUAGGCCAAGUCUUAUGUGACUUUAAGGACAGGAACCUGGACCUGGUAAAUGCUUCCAUCGGUUGGAGACAAAAAAUUGUCAUCCCUUAUGCGGAAUGCGAAUUACCUGCUAUUAUGCUUUUGUCAAAUUCAAAUUUUAAUACUGUAUUCAUAAAUGUUGAUAUAUAUAAUGUUGAGUUAAUUUACCGUAACUUAUUUAGCUAAGAGAAAAUCAUAAUAAUAACAUAACAUGUGAUAUCUGUAAUUAUGAACUGUAUACUCAAGAAUUAGAUUUCGAAGGAACAUUUUUCAGUGAUUUAAAAUCAUUACAUUUGUUAAAUUCAGAAUCCAAAACUGUGUAACCACUUAUAAAAGUCAUUACAAUAAUGGUGUAGGCGGUGGGCAGGCAGUACACUACUCCCAAGUUUUCAGACUUUCUACGUCCAUAGUUCUCAGUUACCAGUGACAAGUGUCCCACAUGUACAUGAAAUUACCAGGCUGUGCUGGGGCACAAAUCUAAUAACAUUGAUGAUCUACAUGUGAAAAAGAUUUUUUUUUUUAUAAAACUUUAGGGUAUCGUGAGAGAAGUUCUGCAUCACUGCCUCAACCCAAACUUACCAACUAUGAUGGAACCAUAAUGUACAAUUGCCCCUGAGUACGAAUUUUUCAGUGUACGACGACAAUUUCCUUUAUGUAAUUAAUUGAACUAGAAUAUAUGAACAGAAUAAAAGAAUAUAUUUAGUAAUUAAACAAUGCAGAAACAAUGAAAUGUACACAAAAAAAAGAUCAACAUGUAAAUGCAGGAAAUGGCAUUAAAAACACAAAAAUCAGAAACAGUUAAAUGGGUCACAGUGAGAGUGGGUUAUUGUGUUAGCUGGAGUUCCGAUUGUGUCUUGAUACUAAAAAUGGAAGGUUUAGUGAGUGAACUGGUGCUAGUAAGGGAGCUAUGUGGAGUUCUGAAAACUGACUUGGAGUCCCUGUGGGAGGAGCUACGACAGCUGUAACAACUUCAAAAGGAAACAAAGGAGGAGAGCAGUAUUAGCAAGUCUUCACCUAGGCAUGUCGUAAAGGACAGGGGUCUUAAAGAAGAUUCUGACCAAGUCGCCUACUGAUGUUAUAAAGACUUCCAAUCCAUUUGCCGUGCUGGAAGGUGAGUGCUGUAGGGAGACUGCAGAUCGCUCGAAAGGGAAGGCAAUGAAGGGAGCGCAGUUCCCACAAGGUGCUCACAAAGUUAAGAAAGUAGCUAAGCAAAUUUUGAUAGUUGGAAACUCCCAGGUGAGGUAUUUGGACAGAGCUUUUUGUGCCAGAGAUAGGGGAAACAGGUUAAAUGUUUGCUAUCCGGGAGCAGGAAUUGGUGAUAUAGUAAACAACAUGAAUUAUAUUAUGGCUGGAAAUGGAAACAAAUCCAUUAUUUGCAUCAGUAACAGUGGAAAUGAUGUAGGACGAGUUAGGAGUGAGGCACUGAUACAGCGGUUUAAGACAGCUUUAUGUUUAAUUAUUUAUUACUUUGUUUAAGACAAAGUUUUAUUUACGGUAUAUAUUUAUUUCGGAUUGUUUUGUGUAUGACAAAUAUGAGUAUUAUUAUGUAUUAAAUGUAUUUAAGGUUAAUGUUUUUGCAUGUGUGGAACAGAUAAAUUCAAUUUGUUAUUCUUUUGAAAAAUUCGAUUUGGUGUAUGAAUUUUCCUGACAGGGUAUGGCCCAUCUCUGGGAACAGAUUAUAUACGUAUAUCGAGGUUCAACACCUAUCAGCAAGCUUAGCAAAGUAAUAGAAAAGACUUCUCAUUAACCAUGUAAAAGUGGGAAAAUUGCUGAUAAUUGUGCUUGAGAAUUAAAAGAAGAAGUCAACUGUAGCCAGGUGGUGGCCACGAGUGGAUUAAGCACUAGGAACCACUAUAUCAGAGGUAUUGACCCCGAGGCGUCAUACAUUGUUCUUUGUACAAAUGUAAGCUUAUUUGUGCCUGUAUGAUCACAUUCACAAGUAUUCUAAUAAUACAACAUUAGAACAACAAGUUCAUUGAGCAGUAACCACCUCCCCCUAAACACCUGAAGAGGGCACAAAUGACCAGCUGAUUUAAAUCUGGUAAUAUAAUUUGGACCUCCAGUUAAACUGGAUAAUAUAUAAACAAACAUAGUAUUUAUAAUUUAUUCCAGAACUAUUGGGAAAUGCAAGGUGUUAAGUCUUAUGAAAGUUUGCCCUGUGAAGUAUGCACUAGUCAUUUCUGUAAUAGUUUGUAUCUGAAAUAAAGUGGUCUUUUUUAUAUGGACAUAUUCAUUAGAAUUCAAAUAUCUAAACUCAACGUUUUAAUUAGGAAUUUUUAUUGUAUAACUAACAUUUGUAAACAUAUAUUAAUCAAUGGUAGACAAACAGUUUUAGGAUAUUUUUAUUAAUUAAAAGAUUAAGAGGAUAUCAGACAUUAAAAAGUAUAAUAAGUAG